AUGAUCUUUUUCAUAUGUACAACAUUACGAGAGGGGUGUGUACAAUAGAACAGUGCAUACAGUCACAGUACAGUACAGAAGGCAGAGUGUUGGCUUAGCCGGCACCGCGCACCCACACACCGGCCUAGCAAAGCAGUAAGAUGGCACUAAGAAAGGCUAGGUUAGCAGAGUUCCGAGAGUUACUGGCGUCUGAGAGGAUUGAUGUGACGAAAUUAGGGCAGCUCUGUUUUGAAGGUUGCCCUGAUGAAGAAGGGAUCAGAGCGACUUGUUGGAAGUUGUUGCUAGGUUACCUCCCACCCACACCUGGGGACUGGGAGAAGGCACUAGCAGAACAGAGGUUGUUCUAUGUACAGCUGAUGAGUGAAGUGCUCGUAAAACCACAUGCAGGAGAGGAUGCAACAGACGUUGUGGAUCAUCCGCUGAACCCAAAUCCUGAGAGCAGUUGGAAUCGCUAUUUCAAAGAUAACGAGAUUAUCAUUCAAAUAGAUCACGAUACUAGACGCUUGUAUCCGGACAUGUCAUUCUUCCAACUGGCCACUCCCUACCCCCAGGCACAGUUCAACACCAGUGCCCUAACAGAUGCCCUCAAGCAGAGAAUAGACAAGCGGUCACUUCCAUCUCAGCAAGUGGCAACCUCGCGACUUGGAAUUAAGAAUAUGUCAUCGACAGCCAAGAAGAGAUUCGAUCCCUACUCUCCUCUCAAGGAGGGGGACGAGGCUCACUGGGAGGUGGUGGAACGCAUCCUGUUCUUGUACGCCAAGACCAACAAGGGAAUCGCCUACGUACAAGGCAUGAACGAGAUCAUUGGACCCAUCUACUAUGUGUUUGCCCAGCACCCUGACUCCAAGUGGAGGGAGCAUGCUGAGGCUGACACCUUCUUCUGUUUCACGACCCUCAUGACGGAGAUUGGAGCUCUAUUCACCAAGAAGCUAGAUGCCUCGAGGGCAGGGAUAGGAGGGGCCAUGGGGAACCUCAUGAAGCUGAUUCAGCGAGAGGACCCCCCACUGCAUGCACAUCUGACGGGUGUUGGUAUGGACCCGACAUACUUCAGUUUCCGGUGGAUCACUCUUAUGCUCUCACAGGAGUUCCUAUUACCAGAGGUUAUUCGUAUCUGGGACUCUUUAUUCGCUGACGAGAAACGAUUUAACUUUUUAAUUUAUGUGUGUGGAGCUAUGAUACUGUUGAUCAGAACAGACCUCCUGAAGAGUGACUUCAGUGCCUGUAUGAAGCUUCUACAGAACUACCCUCCAAUGGACACCCACAAACUCUUGCUCACUGCACAAACACUAUUGGCAAAGUGUCACUUAGUUUUGUGGUAGUAUAGCUAGUCGGACUUAUAAUAAUUAGCUAUUAUUUUUUUGGCACACUUUUGGAUGAAUUUUAUUAUUAUAAUUUAUUUUUGUAUAAAGCACUAUAAAGCACUAUUCACUUGUUGUUUGAAUAUAA